AUGGGCUCGUCCCAUUCACCCCAAAGACAAGCACAUAACUAUGAAGGGUGUUUGCCUGUUCCCGUUCUUGAGUCCACCAUUGAUGCUUACUUCGAGCACUGCCACAACCAGCCAUAUUCCUUCUUCCACGAAGCGAACUUUCGUCAAAAAUACUCGGACGGGACUAUCCCCGAUCAUCUACUCUUCGCCAUUCUCGCUAAUGCGGUUCGAUUUUCUACCGAGUCCUUCUUCGGGGACAAGAUAUUCGACUUUGCCGUGGCUUUCGCCAAUCAGUCAUGGAAAUCCAUCGUCUCGACAUGCUUUGCCGCGAACCAGUCAGCCGACCUUCACACUGUCCAGACUGUGACAUUGCUUUCGAUAUUCGAUUUUACGGCCGGAAGGUCGCGUCAUGGCUCAGCAUGGGUGAAGAUUGGAAUGGCGGUUCGAAUUGCCCAAGAUCUCAAAUUAAUGCUCGGUCAGCGAACCCACAUUCCUCACUGUGUGCAAGAGGAGCAUCGUCGAGUUUUCUGGUCCAUAUACCUUCUGGAUCGACUGGUCUCAUGCGGUCGCGGCCGGCCACCAGCAAUAUUAGACGCUUCGUGCCAACUCCAGCUGCCCUUGGAUGAGACCAAGUGGCGAGAUGGGUUGUGGGAGAAAACACUUACGCUGGAGGAGGCUUCCGACCGCGCACUGGUAAACAACAGCACACACGGACCUUUUGCACGUGUGAUUAUGAUUGCCCAGAUUCUUGGUCGAACAGCACAGUAUAUGCUGCAGGAAUGUAACUUCAGAAACCGAUAUCCCCCUUGGGAGGCAACAUCUGACUUUGCAGCCACCGAAUCCGACCUUCUCCUCCUAGAGACUCGUUUUCAGAUGCGCCUGCCGCUCAAGCAGGAGAUUGGUCGUCAUCUUUUCGACACAGAUAGCAUGGACCAGGCCAUUGUUGGCCCAAUUAUCUUUUCGAGGGCGUUAUUUCACCUAUGCUACUGUAUCCUGCAUCACCCUUUCCUGCUCAGGAAGCGCAUCCGAUCGUGUCAAAUGAGCGUUCCUCCGAGUUUCCUAGUUCGAACCUUCGCUUCUGGCCGGCAGCAUGCAAAUUCUCUGGCUAGACACAUUCAUAACGCUCGCGAACUUGGUUGUUAUGUACAGGCCUCCUUUUACGGCUAUUGUGCUGUUGUGUCCGGCAGCAUUGCUGGUCUGGACGCGCACGCAACCGACAAAGAAACGCGAAACGAAGCUCUUCACAGUUUGAAGGAGAGUAUUGCCUUCCUGGAAGAUCUCAGUCGACAUUGGGCGAAUGCGUGUUUGUUGCUGACUGCGCUGAAAACAUUCGUCGAAAACAGUUACAAGUUCCGUUUCCUAUCCGAAGACUCCAUCGUCGAUCCAGGCCUUGGUGCUGAAGAUGAGGAUUUGUUGUGGUCACUUGUUGACUAUAGCACCAUGUCCAACGCAUCACCCGCGCAACCAACAGAACAUUCAGACACGCACUUACAGCUCAAUACAAGUACAUCCUGGUAUGAAUUAUUCAGCAGUGCGGAUUGGGGUGAUAUUGAUGUUCUGGAUCACGAUUUCCCCAUAGGCGUUGAUGAGGUAGAGGAAGAUCGGUCCACGGUGACGGCUAUCCAUCAAUACGGAUCUUAA